GCAAAACAGACCAUCCAGCCGUACAGUGGUAGAGGAGGACAGUCACCGAGGAAACCCUGGACAAAGCAACUUUAGGAAAAUGAUGCUGUCAGAGGUCCUGCAAGUGCUGCGAGGAGCAGGUAAAGUGGGGUCUGCCCUGGUCACCACCCAGGGAGAGCAGCUCCGAUUAAUGGUCUGCAACUCUUCUCUGGGAGCAGGAGUCAACGUUGCCCAGAGUGUGGUGGAAGGACUAGUGGACACCUUCAUGGGAGGCAGUAAUGCGCAACAGUCCAUAAAGGAGGAUGUGUUUCCGGAUGCGGAGGGCUGGGAUACUAUGGACCCUGAUGAAGCAGCCAAAUGGGCCGUCGGAUCUGAGUUUCCCCCCGAUGCAAUGGAGCAAACCCAGACAGAAGCUGGAGCAACAGCAGAUAUGCCAACAGGAGUAAAUCCUCCCCCAGGCGCAGCGGCAGGAGGGGCAGGCUGGCCUGGACAGAGUACUCGCUUCCUCCACACCACGCGUGGCCUCCACCAAUACUACUACCAGACCAGGUCUGUGCACGACACUGUGGUGGCCAGACUCACACCAGAGGACAUUAAGAAGGCCAGGGAGGCCAAGCAGGCCCUGGUCAAACCUGUCAGACAGAAGCUGAGUGACCGUGCCAGAGAGAGGAAGGUGCCGGCCACUAGAAUCAGCAGACUGGUUAAUUUUGGGGGACUGGCAGUAGGACUGGGGAUCGGUGCCAUUGCAGAAGUGGCAAAACAAUCACUGGGAGGCAAACAAAAAGGAGACAUGAGUGCUCUGCUAGACUCUCCUCUCUUGUCAGAGGCCAAUGCUGAGAGAAUAGUCAACACGCUGUGUAAGGUUCGUGGUGCUGCGCUUAAGAUAGGACAGAUGCUGAGCAUUCAAGACAACUCCUUCAUCAACCCCCAGCUGCAGAAGAUCUUUGAGAGGGUCCGGCAGAGCGCAGACUUCAUGCCCACAUGGCAGAUGAAUAAAGUUUUAGAUGAGGAGCUGGGGCCAGGCUGGCGAGACAAACUAUCAUCCUUUGAAGACAAACCAUUCGCUGCAGCUUCCAUCGGCCAGGUGCAUCACGGGGUUUUAAAAGACGGUAGAGAAAUAGCCAUGAAGAUCCAGUAUCCCGGAGUGGCAGAGAGUAUCCACAGUGACAUAAACAACCUGAUGUCUGUACUAAAAAUGAGCGUGGUCCUGCCAGAUGGUCUGUUUGCGGACAGCAGCUUGGAGGUUCUUCAGAGGGAGCUGGCGUGGGAGUGCGACUACAAGAGGGAAGCAGAGUGUGCCAAGAAGUUCAGGUCCCUGCUGGAGGGAAAUGAGUUCUUCCAAGUCCCUGAGGUGAUUGAUGACCUGUCAGCAAAGAGGGUUCUGGCCAUGGAGCUGGUACAGGGAGUCCCACUGGACCGCUGCGUAGACCUGGACCAGGAGACCAGGAACCAGAUCUGUUUCAACAUCCUCCAGUUGUGUCUCAGGGAGCUGUUUGAGUUCAGGUUCAUGCAGACAGAUCCAAACUGGGCCAACUUCUUCUACAACUCAGAAACCGACAAGGUUGUUCUGUUGGACUUUGGAGCGUGCAGAAGUUACGCAGAGUCAUUCACAGACGACUACAUACAGGUGGUGCACGCAGCUUCAGUGGGUGAUCGAGCGACUGUUCUCUCCAAAUCAAAGGACCUGAAGUUCCUGACAGGCUUUGAGGCCAAGGCCUUUGAGGACGCCCACGUGGAGGCGGUGAUGAUCCUUGGUGAAGCCUUUGCGUCAACGGAGCCCUUCGACUUCGGCACCCAGAGCACCACCCAGCGCAUCCAGAGCCUCAUCCCCGUCAUGCUGCGCCACCGCCUUACCCCUCCACCCGAGGAGACGUACUCCCUCCACCGCAAGAUGGCAGGCUCCUUCCUCAUCUGCUCCAAACUGAAGGCAGGCAUAGCCUGCAAGGACAUGUUCCUGGAAGUGUACAACAACUACAACCAGAGGAGGCAGGCGGAGCAGGUGGCGCAGGCCAGUGCGUAGACGCUCAGGAACAAGGUUACUGCACAGGACUUUUUCAGAGUGGGCUUCUGAGUAAAGGGACAGAUGGAUGGAGUCUUGAAUCCACAUGUGGAGACACUGGAUCAGAUGUACCCAAGACUCCACCCCUUGCCAAUAUGUAACUGUAAAUAUAACUAUGCCAGUGUGCACCAAUGAGAGCUAUGAGUGUGUUUGACUUUCUAUGCCUGUCUGAAUUAUGACAUGGAAUUUAAACACUAUGAAAAUGAUGGUGAUAGUUCCGUUAUAGCAAAUAUAUGCUAAAGCCCAAAUGGCUGAUUAAAUCUGUAUGUUAAUUGAAGAGAAAAAUAUUUAAUUCGUUUUGAGUGUUGGUGUG